AUGGUUGAAGAAACUUGCGCAAACGAUUACGCGUAUCCUUGGUAUCCGAUUGGAACAUUUGAGGCGAAAUUUGCGAAAGACAGAUCGGCGACGUCGGUGAUAUUGUCACGGGUUUUCAUAAAGGACUACGAUUUGGUGUCGAAAAGUCGGUUUUCGGAGAAGCAAGAAAACGAGCGAUUGAAAAUUGAUACCGAGGCGAUGGAAAAUGAAUUGAACGAUAUGGAAAUCAAAGACGAAAAAACUUUAUCUCCAACCGACCCAAUAGUGAAGAAGUUCACAGCGCGUACCGACACGAGUAGCGGAAAAUCGCGAAACAAAAAUUCGCGGAAAAACAAGAAAAUCGAUGGGGUUUAUAAGAAUUUCGAUGAGUAUUGGCACGCCGCCGGCGAUUUUUUGUCAUAUUCCGCGUGGCACGCCGAUUAUCAAGGCGAAAUGGCCGAAGCCGAAUCCAAAAAGCUGAAACGAGCAAUUGAGGACAUUGAUCCGAUUUACGUUCUAGAAGAGCAUCGAGACAUCGCUGAAAAUCCGAGAUUCAAAGGGCUCACCGUCGAGGAGCGAAAAGCCUCUGGAGAUUGCGGAUUAACCGCUGAACUUUAUUCGAAGCAUUACGAAAUUGUUCGAAAAUUGGCUUCCGAGGAUUUUGAUGCGUAUACGAGGAAUUUAAUUAAAAGACGGACGCAGUUAUUUUUGCAGAAGGUCGAGAAACUUGGAUUUGUUGCUGGAUAUUCGCCAGAUAAUGAAGAAAAUAAUGAAGGAAACACGGAAAAAGAGAAAAAAGAAAUCGAAAAUAAAAAUGAUGAAAUUUUCGAUGAUUUAGAAUAUAACAUUGAUGAACAAUUUGCGAAACCACUUCACAGCUUUUUCCGGAAGGACGAGGAUCCUGAAGUUCUUCCGCCAACCUCGUCCAGCUCGAAUAAACCUCCGGCUUCUGGAGAAGUUUCAUUCGAUUUUGAUCCAGAAAAAGAGCCACAUUUAAUUGCAUCAAGAGCCAGAGAGUUUUAUGCAAAUGAUCCGCAAAUUCGGAAAUAUCUCAAUCAGAAAUAUCGGCUAUUCUCGCGGCUCGAUGAAGGUAUCAUAAUGGAUCGCGAAGGCUGGUUUUCGGUGACACCAGAGAAGAUUGCCGAGCACAUUGCGGAUCGAAUGGUCCGCGAUGGGCGUUCUUUGAUCGUUGAUGCAUUCACAGGUGUCGGAGGAAAUGCAAUUCAGUUCGCAUUAAGAGGAGCUUAUGUUAUUGCGAUUGAUUUGGAUCCAGUCCGUCUGAAGUGCGCUCGUCACAACGCCAAAGUCUACGGCGUCGAUGAAUACAUUUCGUUCAUCUGUGCUGAUUAUUUCAAUGUCGCCGCGACAUGGGCCAAAAAUCCCGAGCAUGCUCCGAAAAUCGACGCGGUGUUCCUCAGCCCGCCAUGGGGAGGACCAUCAUAUUUGAAGCAGACGUCGUUCGAUCUUGGCGAAGAUUGUUGUCCGAAUGGAAUCGACAUUUUCGACGCGACGAUGAAAAUCACCCGCAAUAUCGCCUAUUUCUUGCCGAGACAUACCAAAAUGAAUCAGCUGAUCGAUCAAUGCCGAAAGAUCAAGAGCAAGAUGGAGGUCGAGCAAUCAUCGCUCAAUUCGAAGAUAAAGACAAUGACUGUCUAUUUCGGCGAAUUGGCUGUUUGA